UAAAAGAAAAAAUAGCGUGUAGUUCUACAAUUCACCCCGCAAGAACCCUAGAUCUCCUUUGUCAUCUCUGAUUCUCGCGAAAAGGGAGUUUUCCGUCGGAGACGAAAAGUCAUGGAUGAUAGCUGUGCCGUUUGUGCGGAAAAUCUAGAAUGGGUUGCGUACGGAUCUUGCGGUCACCGGGAGGUUUGCUCCACAUGCGUCGUUCGUCUCCGAUUCAUCUGCGGCGAUCGCCGCUGCUGUAUCUGCAAGACCGAGUCCCCCAUCAUCUUCGUCACCAAGGCUUUGGGUGAUUAUACUCGGACUAUCAAUGACUUUUCCACCUUUCCAUCAGAGCCAAGGGAAGGUCGGGUAGGAUCUUUCUGGUAUCAUGAAGACACUCAAGCUUUCUUUGACGACUUGGACCAGUACAGGAUGAUCAAGGCAAUGUGCAGACUCUCUUGCAGUGUUUGCGAUAAGACGGAGGGCCAGUCAAAGGAAGGGCCGAAGCACCGGACACGGUUUAAGGGUGUCGAACAGUUGAAGGGUCAUUUAUACCAUCGGCACAAACUGCAUAUGUGCAGUUUAUGUCUUGAAGGACGGAAGGUAUUUAUCUGUGAACAAAAGCUGUACACUAGAGCACAGCUGAACCAACACAUAAGUACUGGGGACUCCGAAGUUGAUGGAAAUGAGAGUGAAAGAGGAGGCUUCACUGGUCAUCCUAUGUGUGAAUUCUGUAGGAAUCCCUUUUAUGGUGAUAAUGAACUAUAUACACACAUGUCUACGGAGCAUUAUGCAUGCCAUAUAUGCCAAAGGGUGCAUCCAGGACAAUACGAAUACUACAAAAACUAUGAUGACUUGGAGAUGCACUUCCGCAGGGAUCAUUUCCUAUGUGAGGAUGAAUCAUGCCUCGAAAAGAAGUUUGUAGUCUUCCAAAAUGAAGCGGAAUUUAAAAGGCAUAAUACCAUUGAGCAUGGUGGCAGAAUGUCCCGAUCUCAGAGAAGUGCUGCACUACAGAUACCAACUAGCUUUCGAUAUCGCCGAGGAAGUGAACAAGAUAAUCGUCGUGGAAGGGGACGAUCGUUUCGUCGUGAGCCGGCUGAUGAUGAUGAAGGACUUAUUGCAGCCAUUCAGGCAAGCAUGGGGACUGCCAGAGCUGAGAGUGCAAGGUUAGAACCACCUGCAGCAGCAUCUAGUGCUCCUGAUUACCCCGGGAAUUCAGCCACCGAUGAUGUUGAUCCUCUCAUUCAGCCUUUUGAAUCUUUAUCAACAACUGAUUCGGAACCAUCUUCACGGUACCGUCAAGCUCUGGGGAGCUCGGGUGGUGUACCUCUUGGGGAAUCUUCAUUUCCUCCUCUCUCUAUGCAAGCGAGUAGUGGUCAAGCAAGACCUGGACAGAACUUAGAGGGCUCGUCCAAUAACAGCUUGGCUGCUCGCCUGAGACGCCAAACGAAUAGAAGGACAAGUGCUAGUCCUUCUCCGGCUUGGCCGGCAGUAAAUCGUGGCCCAGCUCCACAAACAUCUAUCACAAACACCGAGAAUUCUACUGCUGCAUGGCCUGCAGUAGGUCGAGGGCCUGUACAAUCUUCUAGUGGUUUGACCCCAUCUCGGCCCCCUGCAAACCCCACAACGUCUCGAAAUCUUGCUUCAAUUUCACGGGAUGCCGGUAAUGGACACAUGGCAGUUGGUGGAAACUCAUCGGGUUCUUCCCGAGAUUCAGGCAAUGUCAAUAGGAUUCCCCACUCCUCCUCGGCCCCUAAUCUUUCUGAUACAAGAUCGCUGGACCCUUCUGAUUUCGAUUUCCCUCCGGUCUCUGCUACUGUGCAUAACCGCAAGUCACCAGCCAAUUCACAACAGGGAUCGAAUUCCAAAGCACCAUCUAGUGUCAAUGAUAUACAGACUGCGAACAAGUCUUUGGUUGAAAAAAUACGUGCUGGCCUCGGUAACGAUGAAGACCUAUACGUGGCAUUCAAGGAUAUAUCGGGACGGUAUCGUCAAGGUCUGGUCGACUCAAGGACUUACUUGGAGUAUGUGAAGGGUUAUGGAUUGUCUCAUUUAGUUCUUGAUUUGGCUAGAUUAUGCCCUGACCCUCAGAAGCAGAAGGAGCUCAUUGAUACCCACAAUUCCAUUCUGAGAGGAGAUGAACUGCUGCAGGAUAACGGCUCGGCUUCACAGAGCAGUUCCCAGCCAAAAGACGGUGGUAAUUCAAAGAAAGGUAAAGGGAAAGCUGUUAUGAAGGUUGAAAGCAGCAGCAGCAACUCAAGGGAUGUAUUAGCUGAUAACUUUAUGGACACAGUCAGGAGGUUGCAAUCUUCUUACAAGCCUCAGGAUGAAGAUGGAGAGCCGAUAUCGAAAGACAAGGAUGGAUAUCGCUCGGGGAAAGGCAAAUCUAAAGUAACAAUGGAUGAUCAAACUCUGCCAAAACCUGAAACCCGGAAAGAUUCUUCAUCGAUGGACGGGGGUGGUGGUGGCAACACGAGCAAACAACGUAAGAAGACGUCAAAGUUUCACAGAGUACGUCUGGGUGACGGAUCAAUGGCUGCAUUACUCGAUCGGAGGAAUUCUGAUCCAGAGCCAGAACCAGAAUCCAAGGAUAGUGACCCUAACAGUGGCCAGAACCCAACUGGUGGGUUGCCCGUUCGUGGAGUUUGGCGGAAAGGAGGAGGUUCAAAGCUCUUCUCCUAGUGACAUUCUCUUGAGAUAUUUUUUGCCUUUCCCAGACGAAUUAUCGGUACGUAUCUUUACUCUUACGCCAAUGGUGAUGACGACGACGGCGAUCCAGUUUAGCUGUAUGUAUCAUCUCAUUGACGAGACAGUGAUGAAGAGAGUCAUGUGUGCAAAAUACUGAAUAGUUACCGGGUGAUGGCCCCAUGUUUUGAUUGGGUGAAUUGCCAGUCCAUGAACUGCAGCACCGCCAUGGCUGCUUAUUUUUAUGAUGUGGACUGUCGUAUCUUUGCCUUGUUUUCAAACCUUUUUUUUGGGUUAUUUGACUGAUUUGGACGAAGUUGUAAUGGAAAAAGAUUUUGGUUAUGGUUAUACAAUACAGUUGCAGA